UCGAGCGGGCACGAGCAUCUUGGACAGAGCGCGCUCCCAACAGCAGUGAUCAGAAACUCCUGUCCUACAAGCAAAACACCAAGAGAAUCUUCGGCUACAUUUAAAUAAAAGUAAAAAAAAGGGAGAGAACAUUUUGUCUUUGCACUGACCGGUCACGGAGCUAAUCCUCUCAUCGUCGACUCUCUGAUAAUUUUUUUUUUAAAAAAGGAAGAAAGAUUACAGCUUGAUAACUCUUGUUUAUUGCGGAAAGAAGAACUGGAGCCGGGUGUGAGAAAGAAGAGCAGCGACCUUGGUAAGAAGAACUUGAUUUGAAAAAAAACUUGUAUGAUUCACCCUUCAAAAAUAUGAAUGGAUUUUAUUCGACGAAUCUUGUUACUGAAACAAUUAAGCAGAGAGUCUAAGCACAGCUAAUCAGCAGAAAUUAUGAACGAUUAAUGAGCAGCUUCCUUGGGAGGAGAAGUGUGGUUGCCCAAUUUAAAAGCAAAUGUAAACCACAUCAGCAAGAGUAAACAAAACAUCAGAGAAGUUCUUCUGUCCAUUUAAAAAGAAGAGGCCAUGUCUUCUGGGACCAUAUCUUUCUAGAAGCACUUUGUGAAUUGUUGUACUAUCUUCAUGAGUAACAAAUUGGUCUAAGCAGAUUUGUAGAAAAUGAGUGAUGGAAAGUGGGUUAUCCUAAGUCCAGCAGAGUUUGCUCAGCUGCAACAGUAUACAGAAUAUUCCUCAAAGAAAUUGAAAGAUGUGCUGGAGGAGUUUCAUGGAGAUGGGGUGCUAUCCAAAUAUAACCCAAAGCAGAAGCAAGAUAUUCUAAAUCAACCUAUCGAUUAUGAAGGCUUCAAAUUAUUCAUGAAGACAUAUCUGGAGGUGGAGAUCCCAGGAGAGCUCUGUCAACACUUAUUCAUGUCUUUUAAAAGGAAGACAUGCCAAAAUUCACCAGAAUCCCAGAGGCAAAGCUCAAGCAAUUCACAGUUUAAUCUGCUGGAACCAAAAACUAUAGAUGCUGGCAUCUCCUUCCAGACAGAAGUAGCUUGUGCCCCUAUUACAGGUACAAAAUGCUUAGACAGGAAGAUGAGUUUAGCACUUCGGAAGAGUCAUAGCCCUCUGAAGACACCAUCUCACAUGCUACAGUCACAGGUGCCGCAAGUGGUCUAUCUAAAGGAUAUUGUCUGUUAUUUGUCACUGUUGGAGCGAGGACGAGCUGAAGAUAAGCUGGAGUUUAUGUUUCGACUCUAUGACACAGAUGGAAAUGGUGUUCUGGAUAGCUCAGAAUUAGACCGUAUCAUUAACCAAAUGGUCCAUGUAGCAGAAUAUCUGGAAUGGGAUGCUACUGAACUCAAGCCAAUUCUUAUGGAGAUGAUGGAGGAAAUAGACUAUGAUCACGAUGGUACAGUUACACUGGAAGAGUGGAUAAGAGGAGGAAUAACUACCAUUCCAUUACUAGUCCUCCUUGGCAUGGAGACGAAUGUGAAAGAUGAUGGUCAACAUGUUUGGCGAUUAAAACAUUUCAACAAGCCUGCAUACUGCAACUUCUGUCUGAAUAUGCUACUGGGUGUUAGAAAACAAGGUCUUUGCUGUUCUUUUUGCAAAUACACAGUCCAUGAGAGAUGUGUUUCCAAAGAGAUUGCAUCAUGCAUAAGCACAUAUGUAAAAUCCAAAAGGAAUACUAAUGUUAUGCAGCAUGUUUGGGUGGAAGGGAACUCUCCAACCAAAUGUGAUCGGUGCCACAAAAGCAUUAAAUGUUACCAGGGUCUCACAGGUCUCCACUGCGUUUGGUGCCAAAUUACUCUUCACAACAAAUGCGUGUCGCAUAUCAAACCUGAAUGUGAUGGUGGCCAACUAAAAGACCACAUAUUACUUCCCUCCUACAUAUGCCCUGUAGUUCUGGAUAGACAGCCCAAUCAGAGAAAGGCUGAAAGUGAUUCACCAACAACCACAAGUUCAGAUGAUAACAAUCAGGCUUUUAAAUACAAUUCGACAACAGUAGAUGGGCAAGGACUGCAGAUUACAUCAGUGCCUGGAACACAUCCACUUCUCGUGUUUGUGAAUCCCAAAAGUGGUGGAAGACAAGGGGAAAGAGUUCUCCGAAAAUUUCAAUAUCUCCUCAACCCAAGACAAAUUUAUAAUCUUGACAGAGGAGGACCUGUGCCAGGGUUAAAUACUUUUCGUGACAUACCCGAUUUCCGAAUCCUAGCCUGUGGAGGAGAUGGAACUGUAGGAUGGAUACUGGAUUGUAUUGAUAAAAUCAACCUUAUAAAACACCCACCAGUAGCUGUAUUACCAUUGGGCACUGGAAAUGAUCUGGCUAGAUGUCUGAGAUGGGGAGGAGGAUAUGAAGGUGGAAACUUAAUGAAAGUUCUCAAAGACAUAGAGAACAGUAUAGAAAUGAUGCUGGACAGAUGGAGUAUAGAGGUGAUACCAAACAACAAAGAUGAAAAGGGGGAUCCAGUGCCAUACAGCAUUGUGAACAACUAUUUCUCUAUAGGUGUGGAUGCAUCAAUUGCUCACAGAUUUCACGUAAUGAGAGAAAAGCAUCCAGAAAAAUUCAACAGCAGAAUGAAGAACAAACUAUGGUAUUUUGAAUUUGGAACAACAGAGACGUUUUCUGCAACUUGCAAGAAGUUAAAUGAAUUUGUAGAAGUAGAGUGCGAUGGCAUUGUCCUUGAUCUAAGUAACACAUCACUGGAAGGAAUUGCAAUCCUCAACAUUCCAAGCAUGCAUGGAGGGUCCAACCUUUGGGGUGAGACAAAGAAGCGAAGGAAUUAUAAUCGUAUGAGUAAAAAAGUCCCAGAGAAACUUUCCUCAACAACAGUGAUAGAUGUGAAGGAGCUGAAGUUCUGUGUGCAAGAAUUUAGUGAUCAGCUGCUUGAAGUUGUUGGCCUUGAAGGUGCCAUGGAGAUGGGGCAGAUUUACACCGGACUGAAAAGUGCUGGAAAACGCCUGGCUCAGUGUUCCUGCGUCACUAUCAGAACAACCAAGCUGCUGCCUAUGCAGAUUGAUGGGGAGCCCUGGAUGCAGCCUCCUUGUACUAUCAAAAUUACACACAGAAACCAGGUACCCAUGCUCUUGGGACCUCCAGCAAAGGCAAGUUUACUUUUCUGGAAAAGGAGAAAUCGCAGCAGAGAUUAAGCAUGCAGAAAAAUAUUACAGCUAACAAUUCUAAUGUUACAAAGAAGCCCUCUGGACAAAUCAAUACUUUCUUUUCACUUUGGAUUGUUUAUUUUUACUCUACAUUUGUAGCACAGAGUCUUUGGACUCAAAUACUGUAUAAUAGCAACACGUGAUUUGGACUUGAAUGAAGAUAACUUUAUAAUAUCUAUUUUAAAUGGACCUAUGAAGGGAAGCCGUAAGCUCUCUGAGAAUGAACAGAAUCAAAAAAUAUUUGGGUAAAUGUCAGACCAAGACGUUUCCAUUUCCAAAGCUUUGUUCUUGUGUCGUCUUAGGAACAAUGCAACAGAAUCCUCAAAAAGUGGUGCAGUGCUUCAUAAUGUGAUCCAGAUCCACCAGUGCUACAAUAAUAGAACAAUCCACUUCGGCUAUCUCACUCAGACCAUGCACAUUGCCAAUCAGUAUAUCAUUUAUUUCAUGUAAUCAUCUCAGAACUGCAGGCAGUUCUGGGAUAGCAAGAAGAGAUUUGCAUUUUGGGAUUGUGAAUAGUACUAAUGUUCUGAAACUGUAAGCCCUGUGGCUUGCACCCUGAUUAAAUACCCCAUAGUAUCAUGGCAAAAAAUGACAAUAUCUAAUGGGGAAUCAUUUCUUCUGCUGUGAUAUUAUAGCAAUAGAAAGUAAUAGUAAAAUAUAUUUAAAUGGGUAUAUGUCAAUAUUCCUAAUAUUGGCAAAGACUGAGAAAUCUACUAAAUAACAUAGUUGUACCGACAUUCAAAGGAAGCUGUGCUUAGAGGCCAGACUUGUGUGUGUGUGUGUGAAUCAUAUACAUGGUUGCAGAACAUCACUGGUAUUCAAGUUAAACCUAUGCAUCAGCACUGGUUGUGUUUACGUGUAGACUAUCAUUUUUGAUGUAGUAUAUUAGUGGCAAAGAUAGGCUUGUGUGCUCUGUGUGUCAGUUUACAAUCAUCAGCCUUAACUAUGUGUCUGGACAUAAAAGGUGCAAUAAUUAUUAAAAAAAAAAUAUAGGUCUUAAAUGGUAAAAGAAGCCAAAUACAUAGCACUUGGUUUUAUAUUCUUUGUGUUUGCUACAUGUAAAAGGUCCAUGAAUAGAAAUGCCACUAACUACACUACUAGUAUGGUGAGAAGGUCCAUAUCUAUUUUGAAUGUACUGUAAAGCUGUUAGAAGACAUUUACUUUUAGCUGUUUGGAUAACUUGGAGUUUUCUUACCUGUAUAUUGUUAUGAGUUUGAAAGUUAUGUAAAAUAAAGUCUGCCUAUGUAAUGUUCUCCCUUGUCAAUUGAAUUGCUUUCGGCUGCUUGCACGGUAUUGUGUAGAUCUGUUGUCUACCAUGUUUAUAUGUAAUCUGAAAUAGAUGUUGUUUUAGAACAAAUAAAAAAAGCAGCUGAUUCUU